AUGUCCGAGAAAUUUUCGCCGUCGCUUGACUCAAAAGAGGCAUCCGUCUCUAUCGUCCAGGAGUCGCCCAAAAAUCAGAAGAUCAAUGGAACUUCUGGAGUCCUAGCCGGGGGUGGCUCGGUCGAGCUUUACGCCCCAAUCGACGAAUAUGAAGGGAAGCAUCGAUAUGAUCCCACCGCAGAGUGGACAGAGAAGGAAGAGCAAGUCCUCGUCAGAAGACUCGACUACAGAAUUUGCUCUUGGGUGUGUCUGAUGUUUUUUGCGCUGCAGCUUGACCGUGGAAAUAUCUCACAGGCGCUCUCUGAUGGCAUGCUCGAUGACCUCGGCUUGUCGACCAACCAGUACAACUAUGGCAUGACGAUAUUCUACCUCUGUUUCUUGUGUGCCGAAGUACCAUCACAGAUGAUCUCGAAGAAGCUCGGUCCCGACAGGUGGAUCCCUAUACAGAUGGUUCUUUGGAGUGUUAUCGGUAUUUGCCAGGGCUUUGUCAGUGGUGAGCAAAGCUUCUAUGCUACCAGAGCGCUGCUGGGCCUGGUAGAGGGUGGCUUCAUUCCUGAUGCGCUUCUCUACCUGUCAUACUUUUACACCAACGCCGAGCUUCCCAUGCGAGUCGCCUUCUUCUACUGCGCGUCUAACGGAACUGCCAUCGUCGCCGCAUUCUUGGCUUUCGGUAUUCUUCAUAUGCGCACAGUGGGCGGCUGGGCCGGCUGGAGAUGGCUGUUCGUGCUGGAGGGUGCUUUGACUUGCAUCAUCGGUAUCAUAUCCUGGUUCUAUCUUCCUCCGAGCCCCACUGAGACCAAGAGCUGGUUCCGGGGUAAAGAUGGCUGGUUCACAGAGAGGGAGGAAGUGAUCAUGGUCAAUCGAGUGCUCCGAGAUGAUCCCGCCAAGGGAGGUAUGCACAACCGACAAGGCUUGACCUUGAAGCUUCUUUGGGAUGCUCUGAUGGACUAUGAUCUAUGGCCGAUGUACCUGAUCAGUUGGACAAUGCUGAUUCCCACCAAUCCCCCAACAGCCUACUUGACUCUCUUUUUGAAAUCACUUGGAUUCGAUACAUUCCAAGUCAAUCUCUUGACCAUUCCUGGAUAUGUGCUGUUUUUGAUUCAAUUGGUCUUCUGGUCUUGGGUGUCUGAAAAGAUCAACAAUCGCAUGGCGAUUGUCCUGUUCUACUCAUUGUGGUGUUUCCCUCUUUUGUUGGCCUUGGAACUUUUACCUUCCAGCGCAAGUGCAUGGAUCUGGUAUGCUCUCACUGUGCUAAUUAUCGGUUUCCCUUAUAUUCAUUCCAUCAACGUCAGCUUGAUUUCACGGAAUGCAGGCUCUGUGCGUACACGCACUGUGGGCAGUGCUGUAUACAACAUGAUCUGUCAAGCAGGAUCCAUUAUCGCGUCCAAUAUCUACCGAGAAGACGAUAAGCCAUACUACCGACGGGGUAACAAAAUCCUUCUUGCGCUUGUCGCAUGGAAUGUUGUUAUGACGGUCUUCAUAAAAUGCUACUACAUCCGCAGAAACAAGACCCGUGAACAGACUUGGGAUAGCAUGACCUCCGAACAAAAAGACGAAUACUUGACGUCGACCAAGGAUGAAGGCAACAAGAGGUUGGACUUCCGGUUUGCCCAUUGA